GAAGAAACCAUUAAGAUCUCCAUAAUGGAUAAUUUUCUGGAGGAUGAUGAUUUUGAUCAGGAGCUCAAUGCCAUGGAAAACAUUUCGUAACAUGUUUUCCAGCUUUUUCGUCUGGAAUGCAUCAAACUGCUGGCCAACCGGCAAAACGGAAGUUCAUGAUGCAGGAAGAUGACGACGAUAUUGGGAGUGAGUCAGGAAAGCUCUUGAUGCGAGUGGACAAAGGUGGUAAAGCCGCUCAGCCAGAAAAACAAAGGAUUAUGAUCAACGAAGACGACGAUGUUGUUAGCCGCCCGAAUCGUGUCCACACCAACGACGACGCUGAUGCCAUCCCGGCGGGCAUACGAAAGGAUGUAUUCAGUGAAGACAGCGACGACGAUGCCGUCAGCCAGUCGAAACUUGUGGCCGCCGAAGCACAGAUCGAUAUCGCCAUUCCGGCGGGCAAGCCAAAGACUGGGUUCUUUCAAGUCGAUGACGAUGAUGUGUCUAACCAAACGGGAAAAGCUUGUAAUUGUGGAAGACGAUGACGACAACAAUGUUGUCAUCCAGCCGGCUAAAUGAAAGCCUGUAGUCACGGAAGACGACGACAAUAUGGAUAGGGCGAACUACGAUGAGAUGGACGCGCUGGCAUUCAUCAAUGCGGAUUAGUCGCUAUUAUCGCUUUCAUAGCCCCGCUUUGUCAUAAACUGACGACCAUACCGAUGUAUAUCGCCAUAUUUUGCUGACGACUUGUUGUCUCUUCUUUUUGGAUUGUUCACAUUACCUGUUCAUUUGUGCUGCAGCUACAUCUACUGCGCUUGUCAUUAAAAUUUUUGUGUUUGUAUUCCAGUGAUGUGCAUUUUACGCUUUUCUAGUUUCUUCCU